UACUGUACAGUCUCCUACUUCUAUCUCAUGAUAUUAUAUAACUACUGUACAGUCUCCUACUUCUAUCUCAUGAUACUAUAUAACUACUGUACAGUCUCCUACUUCUAUCUCAUGAUAUUAUAUAACUACUGUACAGUCUCCUACUUGUAUCUCAUGAUAUUAUAUAACUACUGUAUACUCUUCUACUUCUAUCUCAUGAUAUUAUACAACUACUGUACAGUCUCCUACUUCUUUCUCAUGAUAUUAUAUAACUACUGUACGGUCUCCUACUUGUAUCUCAUGAUAAUAUAUAACUACUGUACAGUCUCCUACGUCUAUCUCAUGAUAUUAUAUUACUACUGUGCAGUCUCCUACUUGUAUCUCAUGAUAUUAUAUAACUAUUGUACAGUCUCCUACGUCUAUCUCAUGAUAUUAUAUUACUACUGUGCAGUCUCCUACUUGUAUCUCAUGAUAUUAUAUAACUACCGGUACUUCUCCUACUUGUAUCUCAUGAUAUUAUAUAAGUACUGUACAGUCUCCUACUUGUAUCUCAUGAUAAUAUAUAACUACUGUACAGUCUCCUACUUGUAUCUCAUGAUAAUAUAUAACUACUGUACAGUCUCCUACUUGUAUCUCAUGAUACUAUAUAACUACUGUACAGUCUCCUACUUCUAUCUCAUGAUAAUAUAUAACUACCGUACAGUCUCCUACUUCUAUCUCAUGAUAAUAUAUAACUACUUUACAAACUACCGGUACUGUACAGUCUACUACUUGCAUCUCAUGAUAUUAUAUAACUACUGUACAGUCUACUACUUGCAUCUCAUGAUAUUAUAUAACUACUGUACAGUCUACUACUUGCAUCUCAUGAUAUUAUAUAACUACUGUACAGUCUCCUACUUGUAUCUCAUGAUAUUAUAUAACUACUGUACAGUCUCGUACUUGUAUUUUGUGAUGUUAUAUAACUACUGUACAGUCUUCUACCCGUAUUUCAUGGUAUUGUGUAACUAUUACAAUGUUCUACCUGUAUCUCACGAUCCACCUGUAUAUGAUACUUGA